AUGGAUUCCGGCAACAGUAGCAGCAUGCAGUCCUCAAGCGGUGGUGGUGGAGGAGAUCAAGAAGAGUACGACUCACGGGCCGAUCAAUCCAUCUCUGCUUUCUUCAACAACAGCAACAACAACACAACCACCGUCUCCACCAACAUCGCCGGUCCAACACAGCUUGAAUCUCUCAUAGCCAACUACUUUAACACCGGUUGGUCGACGGAUAAUACAACCUGGUCAACAGCGACUGCAAAUCCCACCGAUGGCGCUAGUCCACGACCACCACCACCACCGAUCUCAUCAGAACCAGUCUUCUUCACAAACCCACUUCAACAAAACCAGAACACAAACACAAGUAGACCCAUCUGUUCUGUCCCAACCGACAAGAAAAACGGUCUAAACAACCUGGCGACACGGAAUCCAAAGAAGAGAUCUCGAGUUUCUAGACGAGCGCCUACUACUGUUUUGACCACCGACACUUCAAACUUCAGAGCCAUGGUUCAAGAAUUCACCGGUAAUCCUUCAACUCCGUUCACCGGAUUAUCUUCAUCUUCUGCGUAUCCAAGAUCAAGAUUUGACCUCUUCGGUUCUUCUUCUUCUUCAUUACCCUUAAAACCCUUUCCUCACAAACUCUCUCAGCAGUCGACGACGAAUCAUCAUCAAUACCUCAUUCCUCCUCCUCCUUCAACAACAGAUUAUCAUCAAAGUCUUCUCCUUAGUAUGAACACGCAAAACAUCCAAAACCCUUUUCUCAACAACCAAUCUCUGAGCAUCCCCUUCACAGAUCAGUCACUUUUAUCUCAAAAGUCGAAACCUUUGUUCGAUCAAUCAUCGAGCUUGAAAACGAGUAAUGGUUUUGGACACGUGGACGAGGGAACAAACUUUGAAGCACUCCACAACAUUGUUGUCUCUUCUUCAUCAUCAUCGAUGACACAACCAACCCUAAAUAUCAUCCAUGGAGAGAGGAAUCUUGAAGCUGAGAAUGGUAAUGAUCUGUUAAGAUCCAUCAAUGCGGAACAUCAAUCCAUGGUGCAAAGAUCCGAUGGUUACACGCCGCCGGUUGCUUCUGGAUCGGAUAACAAUACAUCAGCGGUGAGAAAUGAAGGUAUGGUGGAAUUAUCAUGGAUCUCUUCUUCUGAGUAG